AUGGACUUUGGAUUGUUUACUACUUGGAACGCUGUUUACGAAGGCGGCAUGGUCCCUUGGGACCCCGAAUAUCAGGGCGGCAAGCUCCUGGAAGCCGAGGCUUACAAGCAGAACUUCCGGGAAAUCGAUCACAUCGAGGACGCGGGCUGGGACUACGUCUGGUUCGGCGGCGGUCAUUUCUCCACCCAGGGCAGCAUGGACCCCCAGUCCCUCAUGCUGUCGUCCGUUAUCGCCAACCACACCAAGAACUUAAAGAUUGGGACAUCCAUCCACCGCCCGACCCUACGGUUACCCGGUGAAACACCGUCGCCGCGGGCGUUGCCCCACGAAAGGUAUGCCUUUGACAACCUCCAGCCCGAGGACCCCUUCCAGGUCGCGGAACAGGUUGCCAUCGUUGACCAGAUCAGCGAGGGACGCUUCAUCUACGGAGCAGGGGCCCGCACUCGCGGCUCUGCCGAGCGCCGGGAGUACUUUUUCGAGUACCUCGAACUGCUCAAGCAGCUGUGGGAAGAGGACAGAUUUUCCGGUUUCGAGGGCAAGCACUUCAAUUAUCCCGCGUUCUACGAGAGCUACAUGAGCAUCCCCAAGCCGGUGCAGAGGCCCAUGCCAAUGUUGCUACCCGUGGACAGCCAGGAGAGCUUCGUGCCAAUGGGCGAGCAGGGGUACCGCAUCGCCAUCGGCGCCGGCAGUUCCCCUCACAACCUGCGGGGCUCCGCCAUCCUACGCGAGGACGUCAAUGCCUACCGCAAGGCGUGGAUAGACGCCGGGCAUGAAGGAGAGCCUAGCACCGUAGUACGGGUGCCCACUCUCGUUGCCAACACCCAGGAAAAAGCCGACCGCCGGGUCGAAAACCUCAUGGACCUCGCCCGCAUCUAUUACUCGGGCCGUACGGCCAUCGGCAGCACCGACGCCGGCAGCGCCGGCCCCGAAGCCACCCAGGAAGUCAACCUCUUCGGAACGCCGGAAGAGGUGGUCGAGAAAAUCCACAUGUUCAGGGAGGCUUUCACUACCGACGAAAUUAUGUUCGAGUGCAACUGGACAUCAUCCGUCCCCCGGGAAGUAGUUAUGGAAACCCUAAAGUGCCUCUCCGAAGACGUCAUCCCCCACUUCAAGUAG